AUGAUACAGGACAAAUACAUUGGGCUCAUUCUUGCCAUGAGCUCAAGUCUCUUUAUUGGCUUGUCGUUUAUUAUUACCAAGAAAGGCUUGAUGAAUGCACAGAGACGGCAUGGUGUAUCUGCGGCUGAUGGCAAGCAUCACUAUCUUCGAAAUUGGACGUGGUGGGCCGGCAUGGGAACGAUGGCUGUUGGUGAAGUUCUCAACUUUUCAGCCUAUUCAUUUGCACCUGCUAUUCUCGUUACGCCUCUUGGAUCGCUCAGUGUCAUUCUUGGGGCCAUUUUUGCAUCGAUUUUCUUAAAGGAGACGCUCGGACCAAUUGGACGUGUCGGAUGUCUACUUUCGGUGGUUGGAUCAUUGAUCGUCGUACUUCAUGCACCCGAAGACAAAAAUGUCACCUCGAUCGAUGAAUUAUUAUUCUACGCCUUACAACCAGGCUUUUUAUUCUAUUGCGCCAUGGUCAUUCUUAUUAGCGUCUUUAUGAUUUAUUGGGUGGUUCCCAAGUAUGGCAAAAAGAAUCCCUUCGUCUACGUAUCGAUUUGUUCCCUUGUCGGCUCAGUAUCGGUCAUGUCUAUCAAAGCAUUCGGCAUUGCGGUCAAGCUUACAUUUGCCGGCAAUAAUCAAUUCACGCAUCCUUCCACCUACGCAUUUGGUAUUGUCGUGGCCGUUUGCAUCGUUACCCAAAUGAAUUAUUUCAACAAGGCAUUGGAGCAAUUUUCUACCAAUGUUGUCAACCCUAUCUAUUUUGUUUGCUUUACAACCGCCACCAUUACAGCAUCCACCAUUUUAUUCAAGGGAUUCAAUGUCGACAGCCCUGUUUACGUUAUCUCAUUGAUUGCCGGCUUCAUUGUGAUCUUUACAGGUGUCUAUUUACUGGAUUCUAUAGCCCGAGGGGGUGGCGCUGGCGCCCACAGCAAUACCAACAACAACAAUACACAAAAUGGUCAUCCAAGAAGCGAGGAUGAAGAAUACUUGCUCGAUGACGAAGAUGCUCUAGGUCUUACUGAGCUCAAUGAUGAUUCCGAUGAUGAAGAUCGGCCAAGAAGAACAAGUGCUCAACGGUUUCGGUGA